AUGGACUCGAAUCUUGUCAUUCUUUCCUUGGAAUACUCCUACUUGCUCAACCCACUGGCUGGGUUGUUCGAGUCUGACUCUGGGCUCUGGCAGAGCCUGGCUACUUACUCUCCCACGUUGAUUCCAUACUCAGCAAGCACUGCUCAUGUUCGGGUUUUGGAUAAUAUGGCGCCUUUGAGGGAGACGGUGAGGAAACUUAACCAUAACGGUAUGAGCAUGGAGAACCAUGUGAAGUUGGUGGAACCACAAUUGAACAACCAGCUUAUUACUAUUUCCAUCAAUGGUCUGGAGACGUUUAUCAAUAUCAGCAGAAUCGAGCUUUUGAGAGCGUACCACCGUGUGGACGUCAAGAAGAUUGUUCUUUCAGAUACGGAUUUUGCCAACAUUGGGCCUGAGUUCGUUCUGAGGCUUGAAGCUAUUGCCACACGCUGCCAGGUUGAACUUAUGGUUUCAGAUAAACAUAUCGAUUUCAAGUCCAUGCACGGUGGGGCCCAGGCGCCUUUGGCAGGCCCAUUUGCGUUGUACAUUGCUGGUCCUACUGAGAACUUGACUGUGGCAGAAACAGAGUGCCGUAUUUUGGUGGACGCUUUGUUGCACGGAUGCAAAGUUCACCAGAUUAACCUUCCGUUGUCGUUGCUUCCGGGCGUGGGAGGUGUCAACUUUGCCAAUUUUGGUGAAAUCGCUCGCCAGCUGAAUGUCAAUAUCUACUUACCUUCAUUGAUGCCUCAUAGUUUCAAUUGUGAGAUCAUUGAAAGCAACGAGAGUUCUAGUAUCUGGGUUACGGCUAAGAGGGUACCUGAGAUUCUUUUAGCUAAGCGUAUCAUUCUGGAUUUGGUCACCACUGUGGACUCCAGAGUCAACCUGACUGCAAACUUGUACUUGCAAGAGAUUGAGCUUUCUAAAGAUAAGCUUGAUAUCAUUACACUUUAUUCAGAGAAGGAUAUCCUGGCAAUUAUGUUUCUGCACGGCACGUUUGUGCAGAUUCCUAGCUUGGGAGAAGCCAAAAACAAUAAAAUCGUGGUCCAGGGCCAUAGCACCGAAGCUGUUUCCAGAACCAUCCAGGAUAUCAGCAACUUGAGCUGCAAUUACUACAGUUUGGAUAUCAAGUUCCCUUCAGGCUCGAGAUCUGCUGAUUUUGAGUACUACUUGAUCAACCUUAUCAAUAUCCGCAAAACAUGCAUUCUUACGUACAAUUGCAACGGUAUGAACAUUGUGGGAUUCAAGGAAGAAGUCAGACUGCUUCUUAAGGACUUGAUUGCUGGUUUCCAGAACUCCAGCCUUGUUACUGAAGAUUCUAGUGACGAAGAAGACUCCCAGUUCCGAUUCUCUGUUAGUAUGGAGCUUCGUAACGAACACAGAGAGUUCUUGAGUGGAAAGAAGAACGGUAAGAUCAUCAAGAUCUUGAACCAGCUCAACCACAUGCCGCAAAUCAGAUUCAAACACUUGAACGAGUACAAUUUCGUCAUUUCUUCUACAAUUGCUGUUUCCGCUGGAGUCAAGAAUAAGCAAAUGUCUUCAGUGUUUGAUAUUCUUCUGAGAAGCGUCAGUCUUAUUGAAAUGGAGUUGCCUGCUGAAAUGCAAUUCAACAUUCCAGAAGUGUUCCAUAAGAGUAUUAUUGGCAACGGAGGUUCCAUUAUCCAGUCUAUCAUGAAGAAGUAUAAUGUGUUCAUCAAGUUCUCCAGUCUGAAGAAGACUCCUGAAAAGACUACCGACGACAGAAUCCUCUAUUCCUUCAGAAGAGAUAACAAUGUCUUGAUCAAGUGUCCUAUGAAGAACCUGAAGAACAUUCUCUUUGUCAAGUACGAGAUUGACCAGUUGGUGGCUCAAUGCUGCCUGAACACAUUGGCCCAGCUGCGUGGAAUGGCUACUAUCUAUAAUAGCGUCGGUUUCAGGCUCUUGAAGAGUCACUACCUGAUGCUUAUUCGUAAACAGGGCCAGGAUCUCAGGUUUGUCAACGAUAUGGAGUCUGAUUUUAGUACUUACAUUGAUUUCCCCACGUCGUUGGAGACUUUCAAGGGUGAAAGCUCCCACUUGUUGGCAAUCAAGGGUAACGAUAACAGACCGCAUCUGUGUGCUCUCAGGUUAGCAUCUAUGCUUCCUAAGACUUGGGAAUUCCAGGUAACCUUCUGUCCUGGUAAGUUCGAAGGAACAUUCAGUGAAAGCAACGAAGACUUCAGAGAAAGAAUAGUUAUCCCAUUUAGGCUUCUUUUGGAUGUUGAACUCGCCUGGAACAGAAACCCCGUGGACCCAGAAACCCAAGAACCGCUUCCAUACCACCAGAUCUUUUUGAGUUCUUUUGACGAGAUCAACGCCCAAAAGGCUAUUGCUGAUUUGACCAUCUACCUCAGAGAACAACGGUUCCUUAUUUUGGACAAGCAAGCCAUGCAAUUCGACCCAAUUGUGCCUGCCAUGAUGCUCCCAGCCACUCCUUUAGCUUCUCCACUCCGUUCUCCAGUGCGUUCUCCAGUCAGAUCACCAACCAGAUCCCCAGAACGGUACUCAGACAUCUCGAUGGAUUUCCCAAGAUCGCCAACUCGUUCUCCUACGAGAUCACCCACCAGAUCGCCAGUUAGGUCUCCUACAAGGCAACAAACGAGCAACACAGGCUCCCCCAAAAGGUCUCCCGCCAGAAACCCAGCGCAGCCAUUGCGUACCAUCACCAACCAACCGAUUAACAUGAACAUCAACACGAUGAAAAAGAUACCCAGUCUAGCAGCACCGCUAGGCCCCGACACGCGCACGAGCCAGACCCAUGGCUGGUGA